GUCUCUCUUGAGUCAGCCAGGGAGUCAUGCUCAUGCCAUGUGUGGGAUUGAAAGAUGCGUAAAAUGAUAAAGGAUCGAAGCAGUGACAUUUUAAAGAAAUUCUGUCAGAAAUGGAUUCAAGUAAAGAUGGUCCAACUGAAACUACUUGCUUGAGCUCCCGGACGAGAGGGUGUCUGUUUUCCUCCCUGAGAGUCCCUCUUGUGAAUCCACCUGCUUAAUAGCCCCUCUGUGCCGCCAGCAUGCCAGUUCUCGACCGAGAUGCCUCCAGAGAUUCAGGGGACCGAGAUAUUCUGCCAAAGCUGCCGGUGCCCGACCUGAAAGAAACCUUGGACAUGUACCUGAAGUGCAUGAAGCACCUGCUCACAGAAGAACAAUUCAACAAGACGCAAAACAUAGUGAAGCAGUUUGGAGCCCCUGGAGGAGUGGGGGAGCUACUACAGAGCAAACUCAUGGAGAGGAAAGAAAACAAGGCAAACUGGGUAUAUGACUAUUGGCUGAAUGACAUGUACCUGAACAACAGACUGGCUCUACCCGUCAACUCAAGUCCUGCAAUGGUCUUCCCACAACAGAACUUUAAGGCUCCCGUUGACUCUUUAAGAUUUGCUGCACACUUAAUUUCUGGAGUUUUGGAGUACAAGACCCUCCUUGAUGCCCAUGCCCUGCCUGUGGACUAUGCACGGGGCCAGCUGGCAGGAACCCGUCUGUGUAUGGAGCAGUAUUAUCAUCUCUUCACCUCCUACCGUCUUCCAGGACCUGAGAGGGACACCCUAGUGGCACAGGAGAGUAGUGUGAUGCCAGAACCCGAACACAUCAUUGUGGCGUGUAAAAACCAGUUCUUUGUAUUAGAUGUGGUGAUCAACUUCCGUCGACUGAAUCAAAGAGACCUUCUGACUCAGCUGGAGAAGAUCGCCAAGAUGGCUGACAACAAAGAAGAGCAGCUCCCUCCUAUAGGGCUUCUCACUUCAGAUGGGCGGACAGAGUGGGCUGAGUCUCGUAGUGUACUAAUGAGAGAGUCCACAAACAGGGACUCGCUGGAUAUGAUUGAGCGUUGUCUGUGUCUCGUCUGUCUGGAUGAAGCAAGUGGUCCUGAGCUUAGUGACACCAUACGUGCCAUGUUGAUGCUGCACGGAGGUGGAGUGACCAAAAAUGGAGGCAACCGCUGGUAUGACAAGCCCAUGCAGUUUAUUGUAGGAGCUGAUGGCUGCUGUGGAGUCGUGUGUGAACACUCUGCAUUUGAAGGAAUUGUCCUUGUGCAGUGCACAGAGUAUCUCCUCAAAUACAUGACUGGGAGCCCAUCAAAGCUGAUCAGAGCUGCAAGUGUGAGUGAGCUGCCUGCACCACGCAGACUCCGCUGGAAAUGCACUCCAGAGAUUCACAAACUCAUUACGUCUGCUGCUGACAAACUCCAGAGAAUGGUAAGCAAUUUGGAUAUGAAUGUCCACAAGUUCCAUGAUUACGGGAAAGAGUUUAUCAAGAAGCAGAAGAUGAGUCCAGAUGCCUACAUCCAGGUUGCUCUUCAGUUAGCCUUCUACAGGUGUCAUGGCCGACCAGUGUCCACAUAUGAGAGUGCUUCUAUACGUCGUUUUCAGGAAGGCCGAGUAGACAACAUUCGCUCAGCCACACCUGAAGCCUUGGCCUUUGUCAAAGCAAUGACUAAUGGGGAAAACAGCACUUGCGACAAAGAAAAGAUGGAGAUGUUACAGGGUGCUAUAACUGCACAGACGAAGUAUACGCUUCUGGCUAUUACAGGGAGUGCAAUUGACAAUCAUCUACUAGGACUACGUGAAAUUGCACAUGAAAUGAAGCUGGAGAAGCCCGAAAUAUUCAAAGAUGAAGCCUAUCUCAUCAGUAAUCAGUUCAUUCUCUCUACAAGUCAGGUUCCCACUACUGUUGAAAUGUUCUGCUGCUACGGUCCCGUGGUUCCAAACGGAUACGGUGCGUGCUACAACCCUCAGUCAGACCAUAUUAUCUUCUCUGUGUCCAGUUUCCGCGAGAGCCAACAGACAUGUUCAGCAGAAUUUGUAAAGUGCUUGGUUCAGGGACUUUGGGACAUGAGGGAUCUGUGCAAUAAAUGCAACGCUGACUGUACUGCCACACAGGAGCGAAAGGGCCAAACACAGGAGACACACACACAAACCGAAACAAAGUGGCAGGAAAAAUCACCCCAGAGACCAUCUGACUUGACUAAAAACAAGCAAACAGUCCCACAGGUUCUGGUGAAGGCAACAGACCAGACUAGCGUGGAGGCCCAAACUCAGACGUUAUCACACGGAGAGGCACGACCUUUGAGGAAAAUGAGUAAAUCCUAGAAAACUGUCAGUGCCUGUGAUAAUAGUGGUGGUGUGAUACUAAAUGUGUUUUUCUGUGUUGCAAUAAUGUAUUAGUAAGCCAUUCACAAAAUAUACACUACAGCCCAGCUGUAAUACAGAAUUUUAUUUAAAUGUUUAUUGUUGCAAUAGAAGAUGCUUUUUUGCAGGAACUGAAAUAUGGCUACUAGAGUAUAUAGAAAAGAAUUAGUGCCACAUAUACGCACAAGCCUGACAUGAAUCAGCCAAAGAAAGGAAUCAGUUUAUUGCUGGCCAGCAAAAGCAAAGAGUUACGGUUAGAGGGAAAUAAAAAUGUAAAAAAAGAAAAAAGAUACAAAUACUGGAGGUUCAUUCUUACUGUUAAAUGUCUGCAUCAUUUUCUGUCAGUCGGUCUGGCAAAGCAAAAGCAGUCUGUGAGUUACGCCAAGUGGCUGAUUGUCUCACAGUGUCAACCUGCAAAUCGUGUGUUGCUAUCUAACAGCUUUCUGAUGACUGACAAACAGCAAUCUUUUCUUUGUGUUGUCUUCAUAAAUUCUUGUGUCUGUUGGACCAAUAUGGUGUGCUAAUACAUCUGCUCAAAAAAGUAUCCUUUUAUAAAAUCCUCCCACCAGUUUGUUCAGAAACACUGAACAAACUGGUUACUGUUCUGUACUCCAUAUACUGGGACUCACACUGUGCUUGUGUACAUAAUAAAUCAAAUGUAGUUGUCCAAGAUUUUAUAAGGAUACUUUACAGUUAGCCUAAAGAAUGUUAAGUUAAAUAAAACCAUGUAUUUGUAAAGUUA